AAAUCCCAACGCUGCUCCCAUGCAGCGCCGCGCGCCCGCCCUAUUGAGAUGAAAUCUCACGGAUGGAAUCAAGCGGACGCGGCUGCUGCAUCAGCAUCCGAGCAAAGUGCUGCCCUGGGCAGACGCAGCCCAUAAAUAGCGCGGCCGCAGCUGAGCAUCGCCGCGGGACACAGCAGGAGAGGCACGAUGACCGAGCAGCAGAGUCCCCCCGAGCAGAUGGUGACUGGGGAGGGCGCUGGUGAGCGCGGUGGCAAUUAUAAGAUCACCAUCUAUGAGCUGGAGAACUUCCAGGGCCGCAGGUGUGAGUUGAGCGAGGAGCUCCCCAACGUGGUCGAGAAAGCUCUGGAGAAGGUGGGCUCCAUCCAGGUGGAGUCCGGCCCAUGGCUGGGCUUUGAGCGGCAGGCCUUUGCCGGGGAGCAGUUUGUGCUGGAGAAGGGUGACUACCCGCGCUGGGACUCCUGGUCCAACAGCCACAACAGCGACAGCCUCAUGUCCCUCCGCCCCCUCCAGAUCGACAGCCCUGACCACAAGAUCCACCUCUUUGAGAAUGCUGGCUACACCGGGCGCAAGAUGGAGAUCGUGGAUGACGACGUGCCCAGCCUGUGGGCCCACGGCUUCCAGGACCGGGUGGCCAGCGUCCGGGCCCUGAACGGAACGUGGGUGGGCUAUGAGUACCCGGGAUACCGGGGCCGCCAGCACGUCUUUGAGAAGGGCGAGUACCGGCACUGGAACGAGUGGGAUGCCAACCAGCCCCUGAUGCAGUCGGUGCGCCGCGUGCGGGACCAGCAGUGGCACCAGCGUGGCUGCUUCGAGAACAGCUGAGCGUCGUGCC